AAAAAAAAGCGCGGGAAACUUCGUUCAUGGUAGACGUAUUUUUCACGGUGUUGAAUAUUUAAUUUAAUUUUACUAGUUAAAACGCAGAGGAUAAGCUGGUAGUUUUAAUUUUUGUAUUAUAUGUAAUCUUUAUAUCAUAUUUGUGUAUAGUGUCAUCGUGUAGUCGGUAAGUUUUUGUAAUUUCUGUAAAUAUUGUAUGAACAAGCCCCCCGAUCUAGGUCGGGGGGAUGAUGGCCUUGUUGGCUUGAAUCUCCCUGUGGGAUCAAAUGUAUCUGUUGGUUCACAAGAUGAAUUUGACAAAAUGGAUACCGAUUGUUCGGUAUCAUCUCAAACAGGUGAAGGAAGUCGUAAACGAACACGUUAUUUGCGCCUUUGUCGGCAAUGUACGAAAAUUAAGAAAAAGAAAGGUAGUGGCUCUAGCGGUGAUUACUGUCAGUGCGAAAGCUUAUGCAAUGUAGAAGAUGAGUCAAUUUUAAUUAAAAAGGUUACUUCAAAACCUAUAUCUCAAUCCACGUCAUCUCCACACUUGCAAAAUAAUAAUAAUUCACAUAGCACAUCCUCUCGACCAUCAACAUCUUACACGGAAAAUUCAAAUAUCUCUCAAGACUCUAACGCGGGAAAUUUAAACAACACCACAACUUCAGUAACCAAUACGGACCCCCGUUCGAUUGGCCGUGCUGAAUAUGUUUCUACCGAUGUUUCCCCUUAUUUUAUACAUGUUCAACGUAUUCAAAGUUCACCUGACGAUGGGACUAUUCUCCAUCCAAUAACAUUUGGCAAUUUUUUAAAGCAGAAAAAAUUUAAUAAUAUUAUUCCCGGAAGUGUAAAGCGUAUAGGAAGAAACAGGUGCGUAGUUGGCUUUUCCGAUUAUAAAGACGCCAAUAAUUUUCUUAACUGCAAUCUUUUGGAAACGAAAAAGUUAAAAGCCUUCAUUCCCACUUUCAGCGUAACAAGAAUGGGUCUAGUUCGCGGGGUCCCUGUAGAUUGGAGUGUAGAGGAAGUUCAACAAAAUGUAUCCGUACCUAUAGGCUGCGGCAAAAUACUUAAAAUAAGACGUUUGAAUCGCAAGGUAAAAAUUAAUGACUCGGUUUCUUGGAAACCCUCUGAAUCAGUUGUAUUAACAUUUGAUGGGCAAGUUUUACCAAAAAGGAUUUUCAUGUGUUAUAAUGCUCUUCCAGUAGAAAUAUAUAUUUAUCCUACCAUACAAUGCUAUAAAUGCUGCCGUUAUGGUCAUACCAAAGUUCAAUGUCGUUCUAAGACUCCAAUAUGUUAUAACUGUGGAGGUCAACAUGCAGGUGUAUCAUGUGACAGGUCAGAUAAAGAUCCUCUGUACUGUGUAAUGUGUGAAGUCGAAGGGUCCCAUUCAGCGAUAGAUAAGUCAUGUCCAGAAUUUGUGAGACAGACAGAAAUCAAAGUUAAAAUGGCUCAGAGCUGCAUGUCUUAUGCCGAAGCCAGUAAAUAUUUUUCUUCUAUUAAGCCUUCAUACGCAGAUGCAUUAAGUUCAACAAUUCCGGAAGUACCAAAACCCGUAAAUCCUUCCGCAGCGAAGUCUGUAUCUCGUGAUAAUUCUACUAAUGCCUCAAAUAAAAAGACAAUAUUCUUAAAACCUCGCUCUCCUCGUAAACCACAACAUGGUUAUGAUCGUGUUGCUCAUUAUAAUGUUUUAAAAGAUUUCCAAGUUCCAGAGCCUAAAAAUGGCAGUGCUCUGGUUGGACACAAAAAUAAAGAAGAAGAAAAAUCUGAUGUAUUAGAAAUGAUACUAGCAUUAUUAACUAGUUUAAUAAACUCAAACUUAUUGAAACCGUCCCACGUUGCCUCUAUUAAUGAAAAAAUUAAAUCAGUUAAUGUUAUUAAAAAUAAUGGAUUCCAAGAUAAUUCAAUGGAAUUGCAGGAGUGUUGUUCCAAAGAAACAUGAUUUGAUAUAUUUGAUAAAUAAACAUUCUCCCGUUGUUGUUGCGUUAUCUGAAACGUGGUUGAAGCCAGGGUACCUAUUAAGGAUCCCAGGAUAUACCUGCUUGCGUGAUGAUAGAUUUGAUGGCCAUGGUGGCGUAGCGUUACUUGUCAGGAACUCAAUUAAUUUUUCUGAAAUAGCGUUUUCUUCAUUAAUCUCUAAUGAUGCCAUUAAUAUUGUCGGCAUAAAAAUUGAUAAUAUUUCUAUAGUUUCCAUUUACCUAGCUCGUUCCUCUUUUGUUAUUCUCAAUAGCGUUAAUAAUUUACUUUCUUCACUUAGUCGUCCAUUCCUUCUAUUGGGUGACUUUAACUCUCAUCACCAAAUGUUUGGUUGUGGCACUACUGACUCCAAUGGUGUAUGUUUAGUUGAAAUAUUAGAUUUACAUAAUUUGUGUUUACUUAAUACUGGCUCACCAACCAGACGUACAAAGCCUAAUGAAAAGCUUAGCGCGGUUGACUUAUCAAUUUGUACUCCAGAUCUUGCUUCUUCUCGUUCUUGGUACACUUCAUCAUCUACUUUUGGCAGUGAUCAUUUCCCGAUUAUCAUAUCCUCACCUAUUAGACGCUCUCCUUAUCAAAAACGACAACCUCGUGUGAAAUAUAAAUUAAAUAAUGCUGAUUGGCUUGCAUUUAAAAUCCUUGUCGAAUCUAAAAUGAUUUGCCUGAAUUAGUUAGCGGUGGUGAGACCAAUUCCUCUAAAGCUUUGGCUACAUGUUUAAUAGAAUCUGCCGAUCAGAUUUUUUCUGUCAAACGAAAUCCGUCUAAUAAGAUUCCUUUUCCUCCAUGGUGGGAUAGAGAAUGUAUGGUUGCUGUAAGCAGAAGAAAGGAAGCUGAGAGAGUCUAUGCUGAGGACAUGUCCAAUGAAAAUUUAGAUAUUCUCAAUGAAGUUAUUAGUACCACACGUAAAUUCCUCAGAGAUAAAAAGCAGGCAGGCUGGAAAAAUUUUUGUACUUCUUUAUCUCCUUCUACGUGCCCUUCAGAAGUUUGGACAAGUAUUAAACGUUUUCGAUCUGCUUUCAAAGAAUCUUUAUCAUCGUCUUCACUUCCCCCUUUUUUAACAAAUGCCUUUUUAGACAGAUUAGCUCCUCCAUCAGCUGCUGAAUCGAUCUACUUUCCUUUGGAAUCGUCUUUGAUAGAUGACACUUCCUCUUUAAACUCUCCUUUUUCAUUACAUGAAUUGAAAGGUGUGCUUUCACAUGUUAAAGAUUCAUCUCCUGGUCAGGAUGGUAUUAUGUACUCAUUUUUAUCUCAUCUUGGUGAUACUGCCUUAAUGUAUUUUUUAAAUUUAAUAAACUCCGUCAUGGUCACAGGUAAUAUUCCUGAAACAUGGAAGUCUCAAGAAGUUAUAGCGAUUAAAAAACCUAACAAACCUACCAAUGAUGUUGCCUCAUAUAGACCUAUUGCGUUGUCCUCCGU